CCGGGGGGGCCAAGGAAGUAUUUAUACAGUCGGGUUAGCAGCGGCACUGUCAGUGCCGUACGCCUGCUCGUAGUACGUACUAACCGUCGGAAUGUCCAAAACCAUCAAGAAAAUCAUCAGCACCGACAAGGCUGCAGCGCCCAUUUCGGCCUACAGCCAAGCAAUUUGUGUGAACAAUAUGGUGUAUGUAGCUGGUACUGUGGGAUUUGAUAAAAACACCAAUAAGGCUGCAGAAGGUGGAGUGGUGGGUCAAGCAAGAAAGUGUUUUGAAAAUCUUAGAGGCAUUCUUGAAGCAGCUGGUUCAUCACUCAACAAUGUUGUGAAAGUCACAAUUCUACUUCAUGACGUAAGUGAUUUCCAAGCAGUGAAUGAAGUUUACAAAGAAUUUUUUAAGGAGCCAUAUCCUGCCCGUAUAUCAUUUCAAGCUGGAAAGUUACCAUUGGGUUUAAAAGUGGAGAUUGAUGCAAUUGCAGUGAUAGGAGAAGUCCAGACCAUUCAGUGAUUAACUUAAUGUUAAUAAUUUUUGUACAAUAAAUGAAAUAAAGAUUUUUUUAAUUUUCUUUUUAUAUAAAAACAA